AUGGCAGCUCCCCAGCAGCCUCUAACGUUCAACGAUGUCUUCGACGACGAGGAUGUUGACGAGCCCAAGGCCGCCAACACUGUUCAUCAUAUUCGAGCCAACUCGAGUAUCAUGCAGAUGAAGAAGAUUCUUGUCGCCAACCGUGGUGAAAUUCCAAUCCGGAUUUUUAGAACUGCGCACGAGCUUUCACUGCACACCAUCGCCGUCUUCAGCUAUGAGGACCGUCUUAGCAUGCACAGGCAGAAGGCCGACGAGGCCUACGUGAUUGGCAAACGCGGCCAAUAUACCCCGGUCGGCGCCUAUUUAGCUGGAGACGAGAUUAUCAAGAUUGCUGUUGAGCACGGAGCUCAAUUGAUCCAUCCCGGCUAUGGUUUCCUUUCGGAAAAUGCCGAGUUUGCUCGCAAUGUUGAGAAAGCCGGCCUCAUUUUUGUUGGGCCCCAACCCGAUGUUAUUGAUGCCCUGGGUGACAAGGUCUCAGCACGUAAGCUUGCUAUCGCCGCUGAUGUGCCCGUCGUCCCCGGAACCGAGGGUGCUGUUGCCAAGUACGAUGAAGUCAAGGCUUUUACUGACAAGCAUGGUUUCCCCAUCAUCAUCAAGGCUGCCUACGGUGGCGGCGGCCGAGGCAUGCGAGUUGUUCGUGACCCGGAAUCCCUCAAGGAGUCCUUCGAGCGUGCUACUUCGGAGGCAAAGUCUGCAUUCGGAAACGGCACCGUCUUUGUAGAGCGAUUUCUCGACAAGCCCAAGCACAUCGAGGUUCAACUCCUUGGUGAUAAUCAUGGAAACAUUGUUCACUUGUAUGAACGAGACUGCUCCGUUCAGAGGAGACAUCAGAAGGUCGUCGAGAUUGCCCCGGCCAAGGAUCUUCCUGCCGAGACCAGGGAUGCCAUCCUGGCCGACGCAGUCAAGCUGGCCAAGUCUGUCAAUUACCGCAACGCAGGCACGGCAGAGUUUUUGGUUGACCAGCAAAACCGAUACUACUUCAUUGAAAUCAACCCUCGAAUUCAAGUCGAGCACACCAUUACCGAGGAGAUUACCGGCAUUGAUAUCGUUGCCGCUCAGAUUCAGAUUGCGGCCGGCGCCACUCUCUCCCAGCUCGGCCUAACGCAGGAUCGCAUCUCCACUCGGGGCUUUGCCAUUCAGUGCCGUAUAACCACGGAAGACCCCGCUGAGCAGUUCCGACCCGACACUGGCAAGAUCGAGGUGUACCGAUCUGCUGGUGGUAACGGCGUCCGUCUUGAUGGCGGUAACGGUUUUGCCGGCGCCGUCAUCACGCCUCACUACGAUUCCAUGCUGGUCAAAUGCAGCUGCCACGGCUCGACUUACGAGAUUGCUCGCAGAAAGGUCCUCCGUGCCUUGAUUGAGUUCCGAGUCCGAGGUGUAAAGACCAAUAUUCCUUUCCUUGUUUCCCUGCUUACCCACCCCACCUUCAUUGACGGCAACUGCUGGACUACCUUUAUUGAUGAUACUCCCGAGCUAUUUGAACUUGUUGGGAGCCAGAACCGUGCCCAAAAGCUGCUGGCAUAUCUUGGCGACAUGGCAGUCAAUGGUAGCUCUAUCAAGGGGCAAAUUGGCGAACCGAAGCUCAAGACUGACAUCAUCAUCCCGAAAAUCAUUGCGGCUAAUGGCCAAAAGGUGGACGUGAGCGAACCCUGCCAGAACGGUUGGAGAAGCAUCCUUUUGGAGAAAGGCCCCAAGGCUUUUGCCAAGGCUGUUCGGGAUUACAAAGGCUGCCUCAUCAUGGACACGACGUGGAGAGAUGCUCACCAGUCUCUGCUUGCCACCCGUGUUCGAACUGUGGAUCUCCUGAACAUCGCCAAGGAGACAAGCCACGCACUCUCCAACCUCUACAGUUUGGAAUGCUGGGGCGGUGCUACUUUUGACGUGGCCAUGCGAUUCCUGUACGAGGACCCUUGGGACCGUCUUCGCAAAAUGCGAAAGCUCGUUCCCAACAUCCCCUUCCAGAUGCUCCUCCGUGGUGCCAACGGCGUGGCCUACUCAUCCCUCCCUGACAAUGCCAUUGAUCACUUUGUCGAUCAAGCCAAGAGAAACGGCGUUGACAUCUUUCGUGUUUUCGACGCUUUGAAUGACAUUAACCAGCUCGAGGUCGGUAUCAAGGCCGUUCAGAAGGUCGGCGGUGUUGCCGAGGGUACCGUGUGUAUUUCUGGAGACAUGUUGAACCCCAAGAAAAAGUACAACUUGGAGUACUACUUGGAUUUGGUCGACAAGCUGGUUGCUCUUGACAUUCACGUUCUCGGAAUCAAGGAUAUGGCUGGUGUUCUCAAGCCGCAUGCUGCGACUCUUCUCGUUGGUUCGAUCCGCCAAAAGUAUCCCGACUUGCCCAUUCACGUUCACACCCACGACUCGGCUGGUACUGGUGUCGCCUCCAUGGUUGCUUGUGCCAAAGCCGGUGCCGACGCUGUGGACGCUGCUACCGAUAGCUUGUCUGGCAUGACGUCUCAGCCCAGCAUCAAUGCCAUCCUGGCGUCUCUGGAAGGCACUGGAUUGGAACCUGGCCUGGAUCCCCGCCAGGUGCGCGCUCUCGACACGUAUUGGUCACAGCUCCGCCUGUUGUACUCUCCCUUCGAGGCCCACCUUGCCGGCCCCGAUCCCGAGGUCUACGAGCAUGAAAUCCCCGGCGGUCAGCUGACCAACAUGAUGUUCCAAGCUUCCCAGCUCGGGCUAGGCUCGCAGUGGCUCGAGACCAAAAAGGCCUACGAACACGCCAACGACUUGCUCGGCGACAUCGUCAAGGUGACGCCAACCUCGAAGGUUGUCGGCGACCUUGCCCAGUUCAUGGUCUCGAACAAGCUUUCUGCCGAGGAUGUGAAGGCACGGGCCGGAGAACUAGAUUUCCCUGCUUCUGUGCUCGAGUUUUUGGAGGGUCUGAUGGGUCAGCCAUACGGAGGAUUCCCGGAGCCUCUGCGCUCGGAUGCUUUGCGCGGUCGACGCAAGCUUGAUAAGCGGCCCGGGCUGUUUCUUGAGCCCGUGGACUUUGCCAAAGUCAAGAAGGAUCUCGGCAAGAAAUAUGGAGCACCCGUCACCGAGUGCGAUGUUGCGUCGCACGUCAUGUACCCCAAGGUGUUUGAGGACUACAAAAAGUUUGUACAGCAGUACGGCGACCUCUCGGUCCUGCCAACACGGUUUUUCCUGUCACGGCCUGAGAUUGGCGAGGAAUUCAACGUUGAGCUCGAGAAGGGCAAGGUGCUGAUCCUGAAGCUCCUUGCUGUCGGGCCCCUGAGCGAGAACACUGGCCAGCGCGAAGUGUUUUUCGAGAUGAACGGCGAGGUUCGACAAGUAGCGGUGAUUGAUAAGAAGGCUGCUGUUGAGAACGUCAGUCGACCCAAGGCCGAUCCUAGCGACUCGAGCCAGGUUGGAGCUCCCAUGUCGGGUGUAUUGGUCGAGCUUCGUGUGCAUGAAGGCACUGAGGUCAAGAAGGGAGACCCAUUGGCUGUCUUGUCGGCGAUGAAGAUGGAAAUGGUCAUAUCGGCGCCUCACAGCGGCAAGGUCGCCAGCCUUCAGGUCAGGGAAGGUGACUCUGUGGAUGGUUCAGACCUUGUUUGCAGAAUUACAAAGGCUUAG